GAGCCGGUAGCCUCCACUCCACGUGGUAGCCUCAAGUGGGUCAGCCGUGCGAGACGCUGGCUCGGAGAGACUCCCAACGGCAAGAUGGCAGACAUGGGGGAGACACGGGGAGACACGGGGGAGACACGCGCCCUCCCCUGGGCUCCCCGUCGCUCUUCUCGCCUGCGACCUCCGACCCCGCGGUUUGACCAAUCGGCAGCCCCCUCCUCCGUUGCCCUGGAGACCGGCGGUCGUCGUCACGGCGACGGCGACGAAGCGCCGGCUCCCCAUUGGUCAGAGGGGAGGAAGCGGAGGCCGCGCCCCCACGCCCACAAUGCACCGCGGCACCAGCUGACUCCGCCCCCUCCGGUCUCCCACAAUGCACCGCAGCACCAGCUGACUCCGCCCCCUCCGGUCUCCCACAAUGCACCGCGGCACCAGCUGACUCCGCCACCUCCGGUCUCCCACAAUGCACCGCGGCACCAGCUGACUCCGCCCCCGACAUCCCAGAAUGCAUUGGGGUCUCGGGACAGCGGCGAGGCCGCUCGGCCUGCGACUACCCAGGAUGCCGUGCGGCACGGACAGGAAGUGCUGUCCCCGCCCAGAGGAUUCGGGACGACAGAUUCGAACGCCGCCACACAGAUGGACGUCGUGCUGGACCCGCUGAGCCUGGAGUCUUGGGGCCUCCCAGCGGGAGUGCUGGAGGUUUAUGCGGCCCGGCAGGCCAAACGCCUCUAUGCCUGGCAGGCCGAGUGCCUGAGUCUUCCUGGGGUUCUGCAGGGUGGGAAUCUCGUGUUUACUGCCCCCACGAGCUCUGGCAAGACGGUGAUAGCGGAGCUGUUGGUGGUCAAGCGAGUCCUGGAGACGCCGCGGGUGAUGGAGUCUCGCCGCAAGGCGCUGUUUGUGUUGCCAUACGUAGCACUGGCUCGCGAGAAGAGAAUCACCUUGCAGGAGCUGUGGUCUCCGUGCGGGCUGCGUGUGGGAGGGUUCAUGAGUGGGGAGUGUCCGCUUGGCGGAUUGGCCGGUGUUGAUGUGGCUGUCUGCACGAUCGAGGCAGCUAACGGCCUCCUGAACCGCCUGGUGGAGGAGGAUGGCCUGGAUUCACUCGGUAUUGUGGUGGUGGAUGAGCUGCACGUGGUGGGAGACCCAUCCAGGGGUUAUCUGCUGGAGCUGAUGCUGACCAAGCUGAUGUACCUCACUCACAAGAAACGGCUGUCUCUACAGCUGGUGGCUAUGAGCGCCACUCUGAGUGCGGGCUCCUCGCUGGCUCGCUGGCUCGGAGCCUCGUGGGUCAGCUCAGUCACUCACUCAGCUGUCUCUCCAGCUGGUGGCUAUGAGCGCCACUCUGAGUGCGGGCUCCUCGCUGGCUCGCUGGCUCGGAGCCUCGUGGGCUGUCUCUACAGCUGGUGGCUAUGA